CUCUGACCAUGCCUCCGAAAGGAUCAGGAAAGCGUAAACUAGGAAGCACCGACGGGUCAGCUACCCCGCAAGGACCGACACUUGCCGAGCAGUACUCAUAUCUGCAUGCUCCACGACCGUUCAAGAACCCUAACUAUAGCAAGAAUGUGAACCGUCGGGCACGGGUUCUGAAGAAUGUCUUGACGCAGGAGCGGGAACGAGAGAGGUUGGAGAGAGAUCGUAGGAGGCAGGAGAAGGAGGAGGCUAUGGAGGUUGAUGAAGAGGCCAAGGACGGGGUGGUGGAAGACGAUAUGCCUUUCUAUACUUCUAUUGAGGCGCCUCCGUCUGUACUACCCCAGAAGCGCUACUGCGAUAUCACUGGGUUGGAGGCACCGUACACUGAGCCUGCAACAGGCUUGCGAUAUCAUGACAAGAGCGUAUAUGAGUUGAUCAAGGGACUUAGCGUAAGCGCAGCAAAGGAUUACUUGGCGGCGCGCGGGGUGAACCCUAUCGUCAAGUAACCUGGCUGGAUUCGUCUCAAGCUGCCCAUCUCCAGCCAUUAAAUGAGGAUUUGGACGCUUCAUGCAUGAGAUAGCGUAGAGGGUGGCCAUGCGAUAUGAAGGUGAUGACUUGCUUAUAUCUGUGUACCAGAGGACGUGUUCUAUUGCAUUGCAUGCCUACCUAAGACAUGCCAAUGACAGAAGGAGG